UGGCGAGAUGUAGACAAAUCAAAGAGUAAAACGUGUGACCCGACCCAAGCAAGCAAAGCAAGCGACUCUUCUCUCUCAUUUUGAAAUUCACCUGCAAAUCGCACAAGUCGUGUGAGACGGCCGCGUAGCAUCUUUCGUCAUCCAUUACCUCUCUCUCUUUAUUACCAAUAACCAAUCCGCGAUUGAUUCUGAACGGAACUAGAAUUCUCUUCCGAUUUGGCGGAGAAAAAAAUAAUAUAUGGAGUCGGACAAUGGCAAGGGGUUGAUACUAGCAGUUGCGUCAAGUGCCUUCAUUGGCUCCAGCUUCAUCUUGAAGAAGAAAGGUCUCAAGCGUGCUGCUUCCAAUGGCACCCGUGCAGGGUAUGGAGGUUAUACAUACUUACUCGAGCCUCUUUGGUGGGCCGGCAUGAUCACUAUGAUUGUUGGAGAAGCUGCGAACUUUGUUGCCUACAUUUAUGCACCAGCCGUACUUGUCACUCCUCUCGGUGCUUUGAGUAUAAUCAUCAGUGCUGUUUUGGCGCAUUUCCUGUUGAAAGAGAAACUAAAGAAAAUGGGGGUUCUUGGAUGUGUUUCUUGCAUCGUCGGCUCCGUUGUCAUUGUCAUCCACGCUCCUAAAGAGCAGACUCCUGACUCCGUCCAAGAGAUUUGGAAUCUGGCUACUCAGCCAGCUUUUCUAGUUUACGUAGCCAUAACAAUGUCGAUUGUCCUUGCUUUGAUUCUGCACUUUGAACCUCUCUGCGGCCAAACAAACAUUCUGGUUUAUAUUGGUAUCUGUUCAUUAAUGGGUGCUCUCACUGUUAUGAGCAUAAAGGCCAUUGGGAUUGCGAUAAAGUUAACAAUGGAAGGAGUAAACCAGAUUUGGUAUCCGCAGACAUGGGUUUUUUUCAUGGUUGCAGCAACAUGUGUCGUUACACAAUUAAUUUAUCUCAACAAGGCGUUGGAUACAUUCAAUGCAGCAAUUGUCUCUCCCGUUUACUAUGUAAUGUUCACAACCCUCACAAUCGUUGCUAGUGCUAUUAUGUUCAAGGACUGGUCUGGGCAAGAUGCAGCCAGCAUAGCCUCUGAGAUAUGUGGAUUCAUCACUGUGCUCACAGGCACAAUGAUACUUCAUGGGACCAAGGAAGAGGAACAGCAAGCUUCUUCAGAUUUGAUAUUUGGGUCUUCAGAAACAGUAAGAUGGUACGAGUCAAGAAAGGGUAGGAAUGAAGAACACCUGAUAACCCUGUACAGCCCUGAAUACUAGAAAGAAGGUGCCUCCUGGAAUGACAUGAUGAUAUGUUAGUUUUGUAUUGUUUUUGUGAGUAUUCUUCUUUGUACAGACAAAAUUUGGUCUAAUUGAAAUUCCGCACAUUCUUUA